AUGAUCGCAUUCGCCACCCUGCUCGUCGCCUCCACUUCCGCUACCUUCGGCCUGGCGGCCCACGCGCCAGCACGCUCUGCUCUGUCGCCGCUGCACCGUCGCGACCUCACGGAGCAGGUGCCGAUCUCUUGCUUCGUCCAGCCUCCGAACGGGGCUGUAUGCGAUUGUCCCACCGACCUGAACGGGGACAACGGAGUCUUGAUCAACGUCUUCCCGGGAUAUCAGUGCGCCUAUGCUGGCGGCGCCUGCACCUGGGGCGACACGGAUGGAGCACUCCAGAAUAUCUUCCAGACCAACUGCCCGACUGUGGCGCCGUGCCCGUCGACGGGUUGCGAAUGCCCUAUAGACAACAACAACGAUACCGGCGUCUUAAUCAACCAGUUCACCGGUUUCCAGUGUGCUUUCGCCGGCGGGGCCUGCACUUGGGAUUUCGAUGGCGUGUUGCAAAACAUUCAUCAAACCAAUUGCCCUACGACGGCAGUCAAGUGCGCUGCGCUCUCAAGAAAGUAGGCCUAUGAACUCGGAACGUGCGCUGAUCCCCGUAACGGAGUCGGAGGAUCACGAGGAAACUUCGGAUGUGCCAUUACUUCCAGUGCUAUACACGGUUGUUAUUUCUUAUCGCUGAUCGGCCUUCUCCUAUAUCCUCAUUCUCGGGAUCCUUGCUAUGUAUAAUGAUGAACUUGG